AAUCAGACUGGGGAAUCUUCAAGAAAGGUUUCAUUCAAGUUAUGUUGGUAUAACUAAUCCCUCAAGGCAAGAAGAGAGUUUUAGCACUAUAUCUGGUUUAAAGAAUGUGGGCUUAGCAACCAAAGAAGGGGUACUCGGCACUGCAAAUGCGCCCAUUCACAUGGUAACAGCAGAAACUGGUCAUUUUAAAGAGCAGUUGUGGCGAACAUUUCGGACGAUUGCUCUUACAUUUCUAGUCAUAUCUGGUGUUGGUGCACUGAUUGAGGAUAGGGGAAUUGGCAAAGGGCUCGGGCUACAUGAAGAGGUGCAGCCAAGCAUGGAUUCCAGCACAAAAUUCAAUGAUGUAAAGGGUGUUGAUGAAGCUAAGGCUGAGCUAGAAGAAAUUGUGCAUUACCUUCGAGAUCCAAAGCGUUUCACUCGGUUAGGUGGUAAGCUUCCUAAAGGUGUCUUGCUUGUCGGCCCCCCUGGCACUGGAAAGACUAUGCUUGCAAGAGCUAUUGCAGGGGAAGCUGGAGUUCCCUUCUUCUCUUGCAGUGGCAGUGAGUUUGAGGAGAUGUUUGUGGGCGUGGGAGCUAGGAGGGUCAGGGACCUUUUUGCUGCGGCGAAGAAAAGAUCUCCCUGUAUUAUUUUUAUUGAUGAGAUUGAUGCAAUAGGUGGGAGCCGUAACCCAAAGGAUCAGCAGUACAUGAAGAUGACACUGAAUCAGCUUCUAGUUGAAUUGGACGGUUUUAAGCAGAAUGAGGGUAUUAUUGUCAUUGCAGCAACAAACUUUCCUGAAUCAUUGGACAAAGCACUGGUGAGACCUGGUCGCUUUGAUCGAAAUAUUGUUGUUCCUAAUCCAGAUGUCGAAGGCCGAAGACAGAUUCUUGAAUCCCAUAUGUCCAAGGUCCUGAAGGCAGAUGAUGUUGAUUUAUCGAUCAUUGCAAGAGGUACACCUGGUUUCUCAGGUGCUGACCUUGCAAAUCUGAUUAACAUGGCUGCCCUAAAGGCUGCCAUGGAUGGAGCCAAAGCUGUUAGCAUGGUGGACCUCGAGUAUGCUAAAGACAAGAUCAUGAUGGGUAGCGAACGCAAAUCUGCCGUCGUCUCCGAUGAGAGCAGGAAACUUACUGCAUACCAUGAGGGUGGUCAUGCUCUAGUUGCUAUCCACACUGAUGGCGCCUUACCCGUUCACAAGGCCACAAUUGUUCCCCGUGGGAUGUCCCUUGGUAUGGUUGCGCAACUACCUGAAAAGGAUGAGACAAGCUUCUCUAGAAGGCAAAUGCUGGCGAGGCUCGACGUCUGCAUGGGCGGACGUGUUGCUGAAGAACUCAUCUUUGGAGAGGGUGAAGUGACAUCCGGCGCUUCCUCAGAUCUGCAACAAGCGACCUCUUUAGCAAGAGCCAUGGUCACACAGUAUGGGAUGAGCAAGGAGGUGGGAUUUGUUGCCCACAACUAUGAUGAUAAUGGGAAAAACAUAAGCACCGAGACAAGGCUUCUAAUUGAGAAGGAGGUGAAGCAGUUUCUGGAGAGGGCAUAUAACAAUGCAAAAACUAUACUAUCUGUUCAUAACAAAGAGCUGCAUGCCCUUGCCAAUGCCCUCUUACAGCAUGAAACUCUAACUGGAGCUCAGAUUAAGAACUUGCUUGCCCAGGUCAGGUCCCAGCAACAGAAGCCACAGAUGGUUACAGUUCAACAGCCAUCAACACCAGCAGCACCUUCGCAACCAUCCGCUGCGGCAUCUGCGGCAGCUACUGCGGCUGCUGCCGCUGCCUCAGCUGCAGCCAAGGCCAAAGGAGUUGCACAGCCUGCAGUUGGAUCUUAAAAAGCGAAGAAAAUAAAUAAUGAUCAUCUACAGGUUCUUAUAUAUUUCUUUUGAUUCAUGCUGUGGGUUUUCCAGCAGUGCUAAAGCUUUGAAGGAACAUUAGAGGUGAGUUACAUACCUGCCAUUGGGAUUCCAUUAGUGUAUUUACCAAUACUUUCUUGUCUUCCAUUAGUUAAAGUGCUGAAGGUAUUAAAAUUAUUGUAUGGCAAUGAUAUUAUAACUAGAAAAGUGGAAGUUUUUUAAGUGCUUACAUAUUUCAGUGUUUUAAGUCUUCCCUUUUCA